UCUGUAACUCCCUCCCACGGGAUCUGGUCUCAAUCGGCCUGCCUCUGUUUCUGUUUGCAGUGGUCCUGAUUGGAGAGUCCGGGGUUGGAAAGAGCAAUCUGCUUUCCCGUUUCACACGUAAUGAGUUUAACCACGAUAGCCGCACCACCAUUGGCGUAGAGUUCUCGACGCGGAGCGUGCUGGUGGAUGGCGUGACGGUGAAGACACAGAUUUGGGAUACCGCUGGUCUGGAACGCUACCGAGCAAUCACUUCAGCGUAUUACCGAGGGGCAGUUGGAGCCCUCUUGGUCUAUGAUAUCUCCAAGCACCUGACCUACGAGAAGGUGGAGAGUUGGCUGAAGGAGCUCCUGGAUCACGCUGAUAAUAACCUGGUGGUCAUGUUGGUGGGGAACAAGAUCGACCUCAAUGAUAUCCGAGCUGUCCCUGUCGAAGAGGCCAAGUCGUUCGCAGGUUCCGUUCAGGGCUUCGUUGUCUGUAACUCCCUCCCACGGGAUCUGGUCUCAAUCGGCCUGCCUCUGUUUCUGUUUGCAGUGGUCCUGAUUGGAGAGUCCGGGGUUGGAAAGAGCAAUCUGCUUUCCCGUUUCACACGUAAUGAGUUUAACCACGAUAGCCGCACCACCAUUGGCGUAGAGUUCUCGACGCGGAGCGUGCUGGUGGAUGGCGUGACGGUGAAGACACAGAUUUGGGAUACCGCUGGUCUGGAACGCUACCGAGCAAUCACUUCAGCGUAUUACCGAGGGGCAGUUGGAGCCCUCUUGGUCUAUGAUAUCUCCAAGCACCUGACCUACGAGAAGGUGGAGAGUUGGCUGAAGGAGCUCCUGGAUCACGCUGAUAAUAACCUGGUGGUCAUGUUGGUGGGGAACAAGAUCGACCUCAAUGAUAUCCGAGCUGUCCCUGUCGAAGAGGCCAAGUCGUUCGCAGGUUCCGUUCAGGGCUUCGUUG